GGCACGGACAAAACCAGCAGCGAGCGUGGCGGCGGCGGAGCGGCUGGAGAGGCGCGGCCGGGACGGGCACGGGGGGAGCUGGGGACGCAGCUGGAGCGGGGGCCGUUGUGACGGGGCCUGGGAGCAGCAGCUUGGACCCGGACAAGAAGCGUCCGCCGCCCCCGAUCCUGUCCCCGCGGCCGGGCCGGGCUAAGCCAUGUUCUGUGUGCGGGGGGCCGGGCCAGGCCGGGGCUAGGAGCUGCUGCCGGUGGAGGCGGUGGGGUUAGAUGCGCGGGGGUCUCCGGGAGCGGUACAGGGAGCCGCCCCCUCCUCCCGGUGUGUGACGGGGACGGGCGCCACGACCGGCACAGACUCCCGAGCCCGUGCGUGAGCCCCGGGGCAGCGUGAGGAGCCCGGGCGGGGAGCCGCGCAGCUCUGUUCGCCAGCCCGCCUCCGCCUCCGCCCCCUCCCUAUGGUGCGCCUAGAGGAUGGCGAAGAGACCGCGCAGUGAGGAAGAAGAUGAUGACCUUCAGUAUGCAGAUCAUGACUAUGAAGUACCACAGCAAAAAGGGUUGAAGAAGAUAUGUAACAGAGUAAAAUGGACACGUGAUGAGGAUGACAAGCUAAAGAAGCUGGUAGAACAAAAUGGUACAGAUGAUUGGACUUUCAUUGCUAGUCAUUUACAAAAUCGUUCGGAUUUUCAGUGCCAGCAUCGCUGGCAGAAGGUUCUAAACCCAGAAUUGAUUAAAGGUCCCUGGACUAAAGAAGAGGAUCAGAGGGUUAUUGAAUUAGUUCAGAAGUAUGGUCCAAAACGCUGGUCUUUAAUUGCAAAACACCUAAAAGGGAGAAUAGGCAAGCAGUGCAGAGAGAGAUGGCAUAACCACCUCAAUCCUGAGGUAAAGAAAUCUUCAUGGACAGAAGAAGAGGACAGAAUAAUCUAUGAAGCUCACAAGCGUUUGGGAAACAGAUGGGCUGAAAUUGCAAAACUACUUCCUGGAAGGACAGACAAUUCAAUAAAAAAUCAUUGGAAUUCCACUAUGCGAAGAAAAGUGGAACAGGAAGGAUAUUUACAAGAUGGAAUCAAGACUGAACAGCCUUGUUCAUCAAAACUUCAACACAAACCUUGUGCCACUGUAGAACACCUACAAACCCAGAAUCAGUUUUACAUACCUGUUCAGGCACAAAUUCCAGGUUACCAGUAUGUGUCAUCAGAAGGCAGCUGUAUAGAACAUGUUUCAACUUCUUCAAACUUGAUUCAGCAUCCAUUUGUUGAUGAUGAUCCUGAUAAAGAAAAGAAAAUAAAGGAACUUGAGUUGCUCCUUAUGUCAGCUGAGAAUGAAAUCAGAAGAAAGCGAGUAUCAUCUCAAACUGGAAGUUUCUCUAGCUGGUCUGGAAGCUUCAUCAUGGAAGAUAGCAUGUCUAAUACUCUAAAUAGCCUUGAGGAACAAACAAGUGAGUUUUACAGUAUGGAUGAGGCCCAGGGCACAUCUGCACAGCAGAAUUCACCCACCAAGUACCUAGCUGUGGAGGCGAAUGCAGUGUUGUCAUCUCUACAGACCAUUCCAGAAUUUGCAGAGACACUAGAGCUUAUUGAAUCUGAUCCAGUAGCAUGGAGCGAUGUCACCAGCUUUGACCUUUCUGAGGCUGCUAAUUCCCCUGUCAAACCUGCUCCAGUAACACUGAGGAUUCAACACAAUGAAGGGGCUAUGGAGUGCCAGUUUAAUGUCAGUGUUGUUCUUGAUGGCAAAAAAAAUAGUUGUAGCAGUGGAGAAGAAGAGAUUCUUUCAACAUCUCCUUCCAUAGCCAAGUUCAGCACUCCACCAGCUAUCCUAAGGAAGAAAAAAAGAUUGCGAGUUGGACAGUCGCCAGUCAAUGAGCUGAAUGACGGGUCAUAUAAUGAUGCUGUCAAUGUUGCACUAAAACAAACACCUGUAAAAACACUACCCUUUUCCCCAUCGCAGUUUUUCAACACAUGCUCCGGAAAUGAACAAUUUAACCUUGAAAAUCCUGCAUUUACAUCUACUCCAAUCUGUGGGCAGAAAGUCCUUAUUACAACUCCUCUCCACAAGGAAAUGACACCAAAAGACCAAAAGGAAAAUGCAGGUUUUAGAACGCCAACAAUUAGAAGAUCUUUACUGGGUACCACACCAAGGACUCCAACUCCUUUUAAGAAUGCUCUAGCUGCUCAGGAGAAAAAAUAUGGCCCUCUCAAAAUUGUGUCACAACCACUUGCCUUCUUGGAAGAAGAUAUUCGAGAGGUUUUAAAAGAGGAAACUGGAACAGACAUAUUCCUUAAGGAGGAAGAUGACUCUGUCUAUAAAAGCUGCAAGCAAGAGCACACUUCUGCCAAGAAGGUCAGAAAAUCAUUGGUCUUGGAUUCUUGGGAAAAAGAAGAACUUGGGGCCCAACUCUUCACAGAAGAGAAUGUUUUGGAUGUACAGUCAGAAAAUAUCUAUACUACAUCUUUACUAAUGAUACCGUUGCUGGAAAUACAUGACAGCAGAUGUAAUCUGACAUUGGAGAAACAGGCUACAACUUCAACAAACAAAACAAAUGCAGUAAUUAAAAAGAAACUGAAUUCUUGCACUUCAAAAAAUGUCAAAAUGGAAAAGUCUCUUCAGCCAAAUUGUGAGUGGGAAGCAGUUGUUUAUGGAAAAACAGAAGAUCAGCUUAUCAUGACAGAACAAGCAAGACGAUAUCUGAGCACAUAUACAGCUUCCGGCAGCACUUCAAGAGCUCUAAUUCUGUGAGGACCAGUGCAACUGACGAAACCAUCCCUUCCCCUUACAAUUAACACUACAUUGAAAGAGAUUCCAGUUAAAUAUAUGUGAAUGAAGUCUUCGGGUUUUUUUGAGACAACCUUGUAAAGGAAAACUUCUCCUUUUAAUUGACAAAACAGACAUAUGAAGCUUUGCCUUUUCAAGUAAGGAUAGCACAAAGACCUGCAAUUAACUUUUUCAAUAUUUUUUUUAAAAAAUCUAAAGCGGGGUGUAAAGAAUAAUAGUCCAAAAUAUUGCAGUAAGUGUUGACAUACACUUUUUUUAAGCCCAGUUUUUCACAUUUAUUCUUCACAACAUACAUUGCCACUCUCCAGUUAAUGCAUUUUGAAUGUAGGGUAGGUUUACAGGUACUUCUGAUUUCUGAAUAAGCAACAUACAUAGCUGUAUGAAAAUGAUUUUGCUUAAGUGCUCAGUUGCUUAUGUAGCAAUUUUUUUCUACCAUAUAAAGAAACACAAUGGAAAGGAGUCUAAAGGAAGGAUAGAAAGUUGCACUACUAGUUUUUGGUAUGCUGCAAAAACAAUAAAAUUAACUACAGUGUUAAAUAUAUUUAUUUGAGAAUGGUACUAGAAAUAAGAUAGUAGGCAAAUGGGAUGAAUUAAGUUUCUCAUUAGUGUAAAACAUCAGUAUUUUCUUCAAAAUCUCAGAAACUGAGACCAUUGUUGAAUGUAUUGUACAGUAUGUAGGAGCAAGGAAACUUUUGUAAAUUGGAAAGGAGUCUGUUUUUAUAAUUUAUUUUCAUUUUAAAGCUUAAAUGUAGAUAUUUAUGUGUAUGUAGGUUGUCUAGAAGCCAACGUUGUUUCCUGUUAUAACAGCUAAAGUGGUAAAGGACAGAUUUUAACCUUGAAGUAUGGAAUAGCUGCAUCAUUACAGGCUGUGAAGCAUAUAAAUCUAUACUGUAUGUUACAUCUACCUAAGGAUUGCACUAUAUACCCUUUAAAUCAUGUUGGUCGGCAAAGUAGUUAUAAACUAUCCCUUUAUUAUUAUAAUACAAGUAUUUCAAUAACUUGUUUUUAAUUAAUUAUAUAAAUAAGAGCAAGCCUGAGGUCCUUUAUGUGACCCUAUUAUUGAGUCCUAUUAAUGUAAUAAAAUACAUUAAUUUUUAAUUCAUUUUAAAAAAAAAACUUGGCACCUUGGUUGUUAAAACAGUCUUAUAUCUGCACUUAGAAGUUUGACCAUUGUAUAUUUACUAUACUAAAUAUUUGAAGAGUGAAGAGAACAUUUUUAUUUAUGAAAAUCUUUGUCCUUAUUUAAACCUCUACAGGUUACAACAGUUGCUUCGGUUGCCUAUUUUAGGUAUUUGCACUUAUUUUGUCUUUUUUUGAAGGAAUGUUUUGGUUUGCUUUUGUUGUAGAGAUUUUAUCUAGUUAAUUUCUUGCAGAUUAUAAUUGUGUGCUAUCAACAAUACUGACAAGUAAAUAGAAUUGUACACUGUAGCUUUAGCUAUUUAUAAUUCAGACACUCUUCCUCUCCACUCCUGGGUGUGCUGCUAUAGAUAAUAGCAGAAUCGGCUUGCUGCUAUGAGAGAUGGAAAGAGCGCGCAUCAUAUGCACUGUAUGUAAAAUUUCCAAAAAAAAAAAAAAAUGAUGGCAGGUUCUCCAGUUAUCUUAAUGAGAUCAACCAUUACUAUGCAGGAUGUAGCAAAAUUCAGACCACAGAAUUUAUACCAUAUAAUACUAAGACUUUUUAGAAAAUUGUUUUUUGUUACUUAAUUUUAACACUUGGUAUGUGGUAUGUGUAAAGCAAUCUGUGUGGUUAUUAAAAUACUUUUAAAAACAGCUCAUGGGUUCCAAUAUUUUUAAAGGAACAUUUAAAUAUUGAAUGUUUGAAUGCCUAGAUUCUGUAGUAGGCUUAAAAAGUUUCAGCAAUCAGAUUAAAAGGAAUACAAAUUCUUGUAGAAAAGAGAUCUGAAAAUCGCAGCUGUGCCAGGAUUAUUCCUCAUUCAUGUCAAAUGGGAGGAGCCAGUUAGAACCCCUUGGCAGUGGUGGUUUUGGUGUGUUCAUUGCUAGCAGUAGAUUUCACAAGGAGAAUCCAAUUUGUGGCACAAAAUGAAUUAAUGAAGGCGAUUAAGUUGCAUAAUAUGUAGAGCGAUUCUUGUAAGCCUUUCAUGCCAGGAACUGGAUUUAUUUUCCCCUGGAUGAUGUCUUAGAAAUGGUUGCACCAAAGACACCAGAACCAAGGUUAGACAUAGUUAUGAUAAGUAGUAUUUAUUUGAGUUGGUAUUGGUUGAAUCAUCUAGUUAACUGCUUCUUUGCUGCGUUAGUGAAAAGGUUUUAAUCUUUGACGUCAGGCAUCUUUUUAUCACCUUUUGAAUGUUGUGUGCAUUUGCAUUUCUUUCAGUUUAUAAGUAGACUAUACAUGCAGCAGCCAAACAUGCAUACAAAACUGACUACAUAUAUAAUUCAUUUUGUUUUAAGGUUUUUGGUAUAAUAUACAACAAAUGCCUUGAUUAAGUUUAGUUUUUUUGUUGUUGUACUACAAACUUUGUUUCAUGUAAGAGAAUCUUGCAUAUAAUGCAGACCCAUAUUAACAGCAGAAAUAAAGCAUCUAUGUACAAGGUUACUGGAAAAGCUUCUUGUUUCUUAUGAGAAAUAAGACUAGUCUGUGUGGUUUAUUUAUUGUAAAUGUUCUAGUUACACAUUUUGUGAGUCUAAUAAUAUUUAGGUAUGCAUCCAAAGGGAGUGAAAUGCUGCAAUAAUUCCACAGCUAUCAGUAUGGAGAAGGGAAAACAUAUCUGUGGGGAUCAUCUUUUUGGUAUAGAUUUGUUAUAGUGACUGUCAAGUAGAGGUUGCAAUGUGGCUUCCAUUACCUUGAUUUUUAGCUUCUCUCUUAAUAUUCAGAAGAAAACUCA